AGGUACUCCUCCAAGCGAAUGCCUUUGCCCAUCAUCGUUUUCUGUUAGCGUCACGGCGAAUUCCUUUAUAUUGGCAGUACGGCGCCCUAGAUCACAUUAAUUGAUCUGACACUAACCUCAGGAGAAUCGAGGAGAUCUUCAAUCCAUACAACCUACGCGUAUGACGUCGUCCGGAGGGCUACGAUAUCUACUCGUAAGAUUACCUAGGUAUUCACGGCCGAAAAUAGCUCACUGAUUGAAUCCUCAAAGUCGAUUCAGGCACUAAAUAUCUAACCAGAGGAAGGACACGGUAGGUGAUCAAUUCAAACCAUCUCUUGACUGCUUCAGUAUGGCAAGGAGCUGGCCGCUGCCUGCUUUAGCGGGGUACAACUUUCACCCCACCAUAUUGACAUCAGCCUGAUUCACCCCUCACCCCUUACCUCAUCCUGACCUUGUACUCUACCAAGUGGGGAUACAAGAAGCAGCUCAAAUAUUCCGUCAUCUCUCAUUCACUUCUUCUGUCUCUAUACUUGUACCACCUUCGCACACCACGCAUGAACAUCCUCUCCCGCAAACGCCUCUACAACAUAGUCCAACCACUCCUCCAACAAACCCAUCGAAACUACUCGUACCGCACCAUGUCUUCCCCCGCCUUCGAGUUCCUCCCCCUCGGCGCAAUCAUCCAAUCCUUCUACAUAGGAAAAACCAACAUCGUCCAAGGCUUCCCGCAACAAUCCCAGUACGAGUCCCACAACAGCCCCUUCUUCGGCGAAACCAUCGGACGAGUUGCCAACCGCGUCAAGAAUGCGAAGAUUGACAAGCUGAAUGGAAGGGAAUACACACUCGCCGCCAACAACGGCAUGAAUGCUCUACACGGAGGCGUCAAAGGAUGGGGAAAGAGGAUUUGGGAGGGUCCUACGCCGGUGGGUGUUCGUGGUGUGGAGGGUGUUGGCGAAAUUGAGGGGGGUGAGAGUGUGAAGUUCACAUUGAGGAGUGAGGAUGGGGAUGAGGGGUAUCCGGGGACGGUGGAGGCGAGUGUUGUUUAUACGGCUGGAACGCAGAAGACGAAGGAGGGGAAGACAGCUACGGUGUUGGGAAUUGAGUAUGAGGUUGAGUUGGUUGGGGAUGAGGUUGAGGAGACGGCAGUUAGUGUUACGAACCACUCGUAUGUGCAUUCCCUAUAUCCGUACACCAUAAAGCGGAGCAAUAUCAAGUUACUUACCUCUGGUGAAAAUAGAUACUUCAAUCUUUCAGGCAACCCAACCAUCAGCGGCACCUCCAUAACCCUCUGUUCCUCCGCCUACCUGCCCGUAGACGAUGGAGGCAUCCCCCUCGGUUCACCAACAACCUACUCAGGAGUCACAGCCCAAACACCCUUCAUCCUAGGCGAAGAAACCCCCGACAUAGACGACUGCUUCAUCGUCGACCCCUCAACCGCAUCCCACAUCCCACUCGACACGCGCUCCAGCCCUCUAACAAAACUAGUCACCGCCCACCACCCCCUCACAAAAAUCACCCUUGAAGUCCUCAGCACGGAACCCGCCUUCCAAUUCUACACGGGGAAAUACAUCGACGUCCCAGAUGUUGAAGGUGCCAAGGCACGAGGAAAGAGAUCGGGAUUCUGCGUGGAACCGAGUCGGUAUGUGAAUGCGAUCAAUGUUCCCGAAUGGCGGGGUCAGGUUCUUUUGAGGCAGGGAGAGAAGUAUGGAAGUCGGAUUGUGUAUCAGGGAUGGAUCGAUGAGUAAGUAAAUGGGCAAUGGUUAGGAUCUGGUGUCCUUUUGGAUUUUCUUUAGGAUAUUACGGGAGAUGCGUAUGGUUGGGUUCACUUGGAGAAUUUAGGGAAUUUAGUGGUGGU